CCCUUGCUUUGGUGGGAGAGACAUAAACAGCGAACAAGGAAACCUAGAAAUAAAAAUAGGAAACCAAAAAAAAAAAAAAAACAGUGAAAAAAGAGAGAUCGUCUCCCAGCCCUAAAAUUUCACUCAUUGUUUUAUAUAAGCUUCGGUGACCAAAUUCUUUUCACAGAUUCGUCUUAGAUUCUUUUAGUUUUCGUUGCCGUAGAUUGUGAUAUCGGUCUUGGAAGGGGAAGUGAUUAAGAUGCCGCCACUAAUGUCUGGCUCCAGAGCAUUCGGUUCUGUACUUUCGCGUAAAAAAUGUGUCAGGCACUUGAUUAGGUCUUGCAGGAGGGAUAUGCAGUUGCAGAAAUUCGAUGUGGCUCGAUGUAUUAGUGGCAUUACAGGUAUUCAGACCCCAUCGAUCCACAAUCCUGUGAAGGAUGUAAACUGUUCAAUUGAGAAUUUUUGUAAUAGGACAAGUUUUGUGCAAAAACGCCAGUUUCUCGGUUGCGGAGAUGGUGAAGAGGGCAGUGUUCUCUCCAAAGUCUAUGAGGAGAGACGCGUUUUAGGGUAUUCUCCUGAGCAGUUAUUUGAUGUGGUUGCCGCAGUGGAUUUGUAUCAUGGGUUUGUCCCCUGGUGUCAACGCUCUGAGGUACUCAAACACUAUCCAGAUGGAUCUUUUGAUGCCGAGCUGGAGAUUGGCUUUAAAUUUCUGGUUGAAAGUUAUGUUUCCCAUGUAGAGUUGGACAGACCAAAGUUUAUAAAGACAACCGCGUCGCAGAGUUCCCUCUUCGACCACUUGAUAAAUAUAUGGGAAUUCAAUCCUGGUCCAGUUCCAGGAAGUUGUGACAUUCAUUUCUUGGUGGACUUUAAGUUCCAGUCGCCACUAUACCGACAGGUGGCAUCCAUGUUCUUCAAGGAGGUUGUCUCUCGACUGGUUAGUUCAUUCAGUGAUCGCUGCCGUUUAAUUUACGGACCAGGGGUCCGGGUCCUUGAAAGGCCUUACGGACAAGGAGCAUGAAAGUGUCUGUUGUUGAUUUAAGGAGACAUUGGGGGGGACAAAUGAAUUCCUGCAGGAAUGCAUUUUUCAGAAGCAGCCAUAGGUCAAUUAGUGCAACAAUUCUUGCUGGUUCGUCAUAAUUUGUAUGAUGCCUAACCCGUUUAAUUGUUUGGAUAAUAGUAAUAUAAGGCUCUAAAUUUGCAUUUGCCAUAUUGGCCUAUAGUUUUUCUUCCCUCUUAACUUGUAAGGAUCAAUGCAAUUCUAAUUUCUCUUUAGAGUUA